GUCGGUGCCGGGCUCGGAAGCGACGCGCCCUAAGCCUGACACUCUCGGCGCCGAAACUUAAGCCAGCGCCGCGGCGAAUCCGACACAACCAUUGGAUAUAAGAGACCCGCCAGCUUUCUCAUAAUUCGCUGCCCGUUAUAACAAUAGCAGUUAUGUUUGUAUUCCAUUACGGCGCCCCGCCCUGAGGGAGGAGCCUGCCUCGCGCCCGCCCCCGCCGAACUCGCUCCUCGCCCUGCCGCCAGAGGUCACUAGUUGGCGAGGAUUUUCAGUCGGGGUUCUGAUCGGCUUCCUUGUUAUUCUCUUGCUUCUGCCAUUGAGUUUCCUGCGGCUUUUUACAGUGAAACUUGUUUCCAUCAGUCUGGAAUUCACACAAAUACAAAUAACCGCAGUUUAAUUAAGCUUCUUUACUAAAUUGUAAAAAUCCCUCGGCGAUAACAGUAUCUAUUAAUGGUGGAGGAGGAGCCGCUCUUGAGUUAACAGCGCGGCGGCCAAUCAGCGCGGAGAUUUGCACCUGCCUCGCCACGCGGCGGCCAAUCACGGCGGGCCCCGCGGCAUGGCGAUCCAGGCGGUAAGCUCCAUGUGUUGAUCAUGUAGUCAACAUCGUGUAAGUGUCAACAUUACUAUCUAGGCUUCCUGUCCGCCUUUCCUACGUGUUGAUGGGAGCUUCGGGGACGUGCCAGCCCGUGUGAGCAAACCCGACGGAGUGUUCGUGCGACGCCUCGUCCCGCUGAGCCCCAGACGAGUGUGUGAGGAGAGAAUGCGGUGAGCGAAGCGAGAGCGAGUAGCUGGGCAGCGGCGCUACACUGCUGCUGCGGCUCCCGUGUGGCGGCGGACGGCGGGGUCAUGAUUCCCACACCCUCCACCGUCAUCCACACGCCCUCCCGCCCCAAGCUGGGCUUCUCCAUUGACAGUAUCGUUGGUCGUGGUGGAGUAGGCUCCCGGGGGUCGCCGCCCCCCUCCCCCGGGUCCCCCCGAGGGAGCCCCAGGCCCAGGAGUCCCCUGGGGUCGUUCAGCGACGUGCACAAGCCACAAGUUCGUAUCCCUGAGCCCAUCCACCCGCUGGUGGCCACGUCGGUGCCCACGUCCCUGGCCCACCAUGUGACCGCGCCCGCCCUCCACUCCCUGCCGGGGCUGCACAUGCCCCAGGCGCUGCACUUGGCCACGCUGCUGCCCCACGGAGGAGCCCCGGGGCUGCCAGCGGCCAUCCCGCCUAUGUUGCUGGGCCAGAUGCCACACCUGGGCACCCCCCUCCCCCCCGCGCCCGGCCCCAGGGAGUUCCCGCUGUACCCGUGGCUGCUGUCCCGACACUCGCGGCUCUUCGGUCACAGGUUUCCAGGUCCAGACUUCCCGUCCUUCCUGCUGCCCUUCCGCAAGCCCAAGCGGAUCCGCACGGCGUUCAGCCCGAGUCAGCUGCUGAAGCUGGAGCAAGCCUUCGAGAAGAACCAGUACGUGGUGGGCGCCGAGAGGAAGCAGCUCGCGCAGUCCCUCAACCUCUCCGAGACGCAGGUGAAGGUUUGGUUCCAGAACCGGCGGACCAAACACAAGCGGGUGCAGCAGGAGGAGGAGCAGCAGUCCGGCGGCGGCGCCAAGAAGGAGGGCGGCGGCGGCAGGGAGGACCAGGAGGGCGACACCAAGAACGACUCCGCCAAGCAGGAGGACAAGGACGACCUCUCCAUGAUCGAGUACGACGAGGACGACGUGAUGAGUGACGACGAGUGUGACCCACGCGGGCAGGAGGGCAGCGCGCAGACCUAGGAUGACCCCGUGGGAUGAUCCUUGCUCCCGGCGCUGUGGCAUGACCUGACCUGACCUGAGUGGGUGACCUGGCUGCUUGGAAAGUCACCCCGAUGCCAGCUUGUCACGCAUCAACCCGCCUCGCACUGGCUGUCUUGAAGCUGUUUAAGUCUACCGCGAGUCUACGUACACUGGGGCACGUCAGUAGGCAGUGAGUCGGUGAGUGGGGAGUGUGCUGCAUCAGGGCACCUCCUACAACUGUCUGUCCGUGCAGCGACGCGUGUGUAGAGGAGAAAACGGCAAAGUGUGGCUCGUCGUGAAAAAAUCGAGUGUGAAAAGAGUGAAAAAGGGAAGGCCGUGAACUUGGAGGCAUACCAAACAGGGGGUUGAGUUGUCAAAGUGUAGAACAGUCCACCGUGAGGAAAAAACGGAAAUCUGCGGCUCGUAGUGAGAAAAGGCGAGCAUGGAAAGAGUGCAAAGGGAAGACCGUGAACUUGGAGGCAACACACGUUGAUGCGCACCAAACAGGAGGACGAAUUUUCAAUGUGUAGAACUGUAUGCAAUUGUAAGAAGAGUGAAUGUAAAACAAAGAACACAGUGAAGGAAGAGGAAGAAUGAGCUUCGAACACACACACACACACACACACACACACACACACACACACACACACACACACACACACUCACUCACAUACAUUGAGAUCGAGUUUUAUUGUGUUGAACUAAACCUCAUGGUGAAAGAAACGAAUGUACAUGAACAAUAAAAGAAAUAGGUUAGAGAGUAACUAAAAAGAGACACAAAUAUAAACACACACAGUAAAUGGGAUCGAAUCAUCUCUGUAUUAGCAUAAGAAACGGAAGUCCCAUAGAAUAAAGCAUUUAAUCAGGGAGAGAGAAGAGAGUGUACGUGUAUGUGUCUAGCUGCUCUGUCUCUUCACUUAACACAGAAAAAGAGAGCUGUACAUAGUGACUGCAAUAAGAAACACUUACUUAUAUAUAUACCCCUAGCUUAUAAAGAAGAAACGGACUAAAGAAAGAAGGAAUAGAGAAGGAAGGAAGGAAUAUGGAAGAGGGAGGAAGGAAAGAAGAAAAAGGAAGAGAUCAAUCAAGAAAGAAGGAAGAAAGGAAGGAAAAUUAAAAAGGAAGGAAAGGAAAGAAGAAAUAAAAGAUGAAAGCAAGGAACGAGUAAGUGAAGAAAAGGAGGAAGGAAAGAAGGAAGGAAGGAAGCAAGGAAAGAAGAGAAAAGGGAAAGGAAGGAAGGAAGGAAUAUAACUCUCCCCCUUCCACACACCUUGCCUUCCCUCCCUUCCUCCCUCCCUUCCUUCCUCCCUCCCUCCCCUCCCUUCCUUCCUUCAGUACUCGCCGUGAAGCCUGUAAUUUGAUUCUAGGAGGAAGGAAGGAAGGAAGGAAGGAAGGAAGGAAGUAACAUUGGUCUCCCUCAUCGUGUUUCCUCUCUCUCCUUCCUCUUCCUCUCUCUCUCUUCCUCCUCCUCCUCCGGACUCGGCGCCUAACCCAACACUGUACAUAGGUAUAUUUAGCGGCUUCGAUGUGCAUGACCCUAAUAAUUGUUUUAAGUGAGAGAGAAAGAAAGAAAGAGAGAAGUAAAUAAAUAAAUAAAUCUCCCCCUUUUUGAAGUUUGUAAUUACUGAAUGUUAUCCUGAGAGAGAGAGAGAGAGAGAGAGAGAGAGAGAGAGAGAGAGAGAGAGAGAGAGAGAGAGAGAGAGAGAGAGAGAGAGAGAGAGAGAGAGAGAGAGAGAGAGAGAGAGAGAGAGAGAGAGAGAGAGAGAGAGAAAA